GCGAGAGGACGGGUCGCAUCCCAAAUAGACCCCCAUCCCCUUACAUAAGUGCAGAGGGUGUGAAAUGGUAACUAGUGCACCAUAUGUAGUGCACGGAGAUGCAUUUUCUAGAGAGAGAGAGAGAGGGAGAGAGAGCUGAACUCCUCCAUUGUGUUGGUGUACAUUCCUGUCCUCAGAAGCGCAGUGGGGCGCGCUGUCCGCCUCCCGCACUGACUAUUGAGCGCGUGCGUCUUCUGCGCCUUGUAUUUGCAGGUCUGGACUGAGCGGUCUGGAGUCCGGGGCUUUAGGAGGAAACCAGCAGCACCUCAUUCACCUUCAUUCACUGUCAGCAUCCAGAUACAGGAUUUCUGGCUGCAGUUUUAGACUCUGCUGCGCGAGCGCCGAGGCGGUGUGGUGACGAAUCGGGACACCGCCGAGGGGAUUUUAUUUAUUUAUUUAUCAUUUUAUUUUAUUUCGCACGGACUUCCUGUGGAAAUGGCCAGUGUCGAGGAGAGCUCUGGUUCCCGGCCGGAUCACCACGAAGUGACCGAGGGCAGCUCGGGAGCAGCUUUUCAGGAGGCGCAGAAAUGGAUUGAGGCUGUGACAGGGAAAACGUUUGUUGAGAAGGACUUCAGGAGCAGCCUGGAGAACGGCAUUCUGCUGUGCGAGUUGCUGAGUUCCAUCACACCAGGACUUGUGAAGAAGAUUAACAGACUCCCAACCCCUAUUGCAGGACUGGAUAAUCUCACCAUGUUCCUGAGGGGAUGUGAGGAAUUAGGACUAAAGGGAUCACAACUGUUUGACCCAGGAGACCUGCAGGACAUGUCUAUACGUGCCAACUUAACGGAUUCAGACUGCAGUCGGAAGCUGAAGAAUGUCCUGAUCACUAUUUACUGGCUGGGCAAAACUGCAAACGGUUGUACGUCAUAUAGUGGUCCGACGCUUAACCUAAAAGAGUUUGAAGGCCUUUUAUCUGUGAUGAAGAAGGAGUGUGUAAAUGAAGAACCUGAGUCUCCUAAGCGCAGCGUACGGGACAGCGGAUGCGUGGACAACUGGGAAUCUGAACUUUCUGAUUCGUUGUCACCUCCGAGGCAUAGACGAGAGGAUUCCUUUGACAGUCUGGACUCUUUCAGCAUGCAAUCGCAGCCCACGCCUUCCCCAGAUACAGUGCUCCGUGCUAGCAGUGAUGAUUUGGAUGGCGAUCAGCGGAAGUUGCCAGAUGUGCUCAAGGACGACAUGUCUGCCCGCCGUGUCUCCUUCAAAGAGCCCCGUGUUGCUAUGCCUUUUAACCAGUACCUCCCCAACAAGAGUAAUCAAAGCACCUUUGUGUCUGCUCAACUGAGGAAGAGGAGGAGCGACCGUGAAGAAGAGCGCAGGAGUUGCAGCACCUCCACUUCCCCUAUUAGAGAGGAGGAUGUUGGCAUUUCAAGCGAGACGCCGCUUGUCCUCAGUUCCCAUAGAACUGUGAGCUGGGCAGUUGUGGAAGGGGCGGAGCCUCAGCUGGAUGAGGCAGAACUUAAGAAGAUGAAAAAGUUAGAGAAGGCGGGGAUUAGAGUGUUGCCAGCGUCUGCGAGAUACACCAGUCCUAAGGUGACUUGUGUAGAGCCCAAUCAGGCUAAAUCACCGUCACCCGACAUCAUCCGACGCUGUGAUAACAACGUCCUGUGGGCUGAACAAGCCCACGAGUGGGACAAGGAGGAUGAUGAGGAUGAGGAAGGAGACAGAAAAGUGCCGGAUAUCCAAAAGGACGACCUCGCGUCCCGGAAGGCGCGCAUGAACCAACCGAAACCCAGUGUUGCUCAUCAGUUUCUGCCGAGCUCGUGCAGCAGUAAGGACCGUGAGCGCUGGGAGGGAAUUAGGCUUUCCUCCCAGCAUGCUGUCAUGGAGAUGUUGGAGAAAAUGGAGCAGGACAAGAAGAGUGAUUCUGACACCGCUUCCACUGAGGCGUCAAUUGUAACUCGUAAGGACAACCCCUUCCUCAGUCCUCACAGGAUAAAGACGGAUGAGGAGGAAGAGAGUGAUGAGGACAAGGGACGUUCACUUCUCCCAAACGUGCAGAAGGACGAUCUAGCAAGGAGGCGCACUCAAAUCGGAUCCCUUCCACAAAGGGAUUUGCGUCAGUCAUUGGCCCAUACGAGUAUCACUCAAUCAGAUUUUGAGAAGUGGCAAAGACUUUCCAUGACUGUUGAAAGCAGUGAGGCCGCGUCGGUUGAAGUUUCAAUCGUAACUCGUAAGGACGAUGAGGAUGAGCAGAGAGACACCAAGGGAGGUGGACAGGCUGCUUUGCCUAAUAUACAGAAAGAUGAUCUGGCUAGGAGGCGGAGUCAGACUGGGGCCCUCCCACACCGGGAUUAUCAGCAGUCAUUGGCUCAGACGGCCAUGACGCAGUCAGACCUGGAGAAGUGGCAGAGACUGCAGAUGAGCACAGAGAACAGUGACUUGCCCCCUCUGUGUCAGUCCUGCCUCGCUGCCUCCUCUGUAAAGGUUGCCCACAGUGACCCGCCUCAUUGCCGGCGACGUUCCCGUGGCGACCGCAAGCGUGUUGUGACGUUUGGGGGCGUGACUCAGAUGGAGAACGUUUCCUGGGGAGAUGAAAGACAGGAUGAAGAGUGGAGAAAAGAGGGUGGGAAGGAUGAGUCAGAGACGCUGCGACGCCUCCUCUCCUCAGCAACUGUUGCCAUGCCCACCACUGGGAUGAGCUCAGGGCGAGAGAGAGUUGGAGGCUCAAGUACCCCAACCUCACCCCCCAAGUCCCCACAAUCCUCUAUUUUUGACCCCAAACACCAUUUGACCCUUGCUGAGCGUGAGACCCUUGAGCUGAGGCUGGCAGAGAAAGUGAGGGAUGAGAAGGAGUAUGAGGAACAGGAGGAGGAGGAAGAGAAAGAACAACAGCCUGACUUGCAGAAGGACGACAUGAUGGCCCGGCGGACGGGGGUGUUUCAGAAAACGAGUGGACGUGCCUAUAAUAGGUUCCUGCCACUGCCUGGUGUUAAGAAAGAAACACGUCCAGAUGAGUCGGUUCAAAAAGAGAGCUGGACUGUUUUCAGUGAUGCGCACUUGGAUAGAAACAUAAAAACAAAGCGAUUCAAAGUGGGACAAAGAGUUGAACAGGUAGAACCUGAGCCAAAGGUACCAUCAUCUGCUGUUCAAAAAGUGCCAGAAGUUCUUGAUUCUUCUUCGACUCAUGUUGAGGUUUAUCGUGACGGUUACAAUUAUCCUGAUAAUGAUGACCUGGACAAAGAUGACAUGCUUGCAAGGAGGACAGCAUCAUACCAGAAACCGAGUGGAAAUCAGUUUAACGCCUUUCUGCCUAAACCUGGGGGUGUGAAAGUAAAGAAGUCUGUGAGUGGGCAAUACAAGUCGAACUUGAAAUCCAGUGGACAAGAAACAAAAAAAACCUCAGAGAGAUCUGUGACCCAACCCCCAGCAGAUGUUGAUGACAUGUCAAGAAAAUGCCCUCAAAUUAUGGAUGGGCAGAAAGCAGGCACUGUAGGCAUGAUGGGAAGGGAAAUUGAUGUUGUGGGCGGGGCCCAGGCCAAAAGUCAUUUACCUUUACCUGACCCGGAUGCACGGCACACAUAUGGCCUGGAUGAUGAUGUUUCCCUUUUGAUAUUCAGUCACAAGACUCCUAGUGUUUCUGAUGAAACCGAGAGCGUCAGUUUGAUUGACAUGCGUGACGAAGAGGACGAUGUGGACAGCCAAACACGACACGAGAGGCUGCACAACCAGUACAACAAAGUCAAAGAGGAAGAGGACCAGUGGCAGGAUGACCUAGCUCGGUGGAAAAACCGGAGGCGCAGUGCCUCUCAGGACCUGAUCAAGAAAGAGGAGGAGCGUAAAAUGAUGGAGAAACUGAUGACGUCAGAGGGAGGUUCUCAUCGCAGGAAGAGCAUCAAAACCUACAAAGAGAUUGUAGAGGAGAAGGAGCGUCGAGAGCAGGAGCUGCACGAGUUAUACUGCCAAGCCUCGACCCCCGAAGAGAAAGCAGCCAUAUUACAGCGCUAUGCUCUCCGCUUCACCAUCAGCGAUGCCAUAUUGGAGAAACUCCAGCUUCCAAAACUCCCUUCUGUUGCAACACAUCAGUCUAUACAUGCAUACACACUGAAUGAAGAAGUCGAAAUUUCAGAGUCACAGACUUUCACCAAAAUAGAAACAGAUUCCAGCGGGCAGUAUCUGAAACAGACAACAGACGCUAUAUUGCACACUCCAGAUUUAUCACUAAUUAAAGACUCUAAAGGGUCAGACAUCCAACUUUAUCCAGAAAUCCCUCUCUCACCAGUCAGAGACAACAAAACUCCAGAAGUCCAACUUUCUUCAGCUCAAGAAUCCAAAACUUCAGAAAUCCAACUUUCUCCAGUCAGAGAAUCCAAAACUCCAGAAGUCCAACUUUCUCCAGUCCGAGAAUCCAAAACUCCAGAAGUCCAACUUUUUCCAGUCCAAGAAUCCAAAACUCAAGUUCAACUCUGUCCAGUCCAAAAAUCCAAAGCGCAAGAAGAUCAACUCUCUCCAGUCCUAGAAUCCAAAACUUUGGAUGUCCAACUUUCUCCAGUCCAAGAAUCCAAAACCCUGGAAGUCCAACUCUUUCCAGUUCAAGAAUCCAAAACAUUGGAAGUCCAACUUUCUUCAGCUCAAGAAUUUAAAACCCCAGAUAUUUGUCUCUCACCUUCUAUUGACCCUAAAUCAUUAGAAGUCCCUCUUUCUCCCUUCAGGACAAACAAAAUCUCAGAUGUCCCACUCUCGCCUUUUCGGAUACCACCUGCACCAUCCAGGCCUGUUCCAUUACUAACACCGAAGCCAUACAGCCAGCCCAAAUUUAAUCAGCCUUCCUAUAAGCAAGUUAAGAAUGAUGGACUGGUGCGUGUGAAUGGUGACUCCAUUAUAGAGGACACAAGAGAAAGUCCAGUGAGACCAGUCUCCUUCACCCCGAUAUCAUCAAAACCAGCAAGACAAAGUCCGCAGCAAGUUUUGGAAAUCUCAGCAGGACGUGAAACCACAGCUCAAGAGUGCACUCAGACUUCACCCAUUCAAAAAACUGAACAUAUUAAAGAUGAGAAUGAUAGUCACAGCUGUCCUGUUAAAAAGAGUAUAGAAGACGAUACUUCCAAAAUCCUCACAGAUCCAGAACUAACAGGAAAGCAGACCGCUAUGGACGCAGCAGUGAAGCGCAACUGUGUGGUGACGACGACCAUUGUGACGGAGCUUCGAGAAACACACUCACUCCCCGCAAUAGACGCUUCGAUUGCUGACCAGAUGAGCUGUUCAGAUGAAUUUAGCCAGAAAUCUGAUGAGAUUUCUUUCACCGAGUCCAGAAAGGCUGACAUUACCUCCUAUUCAGAGGGCUUUGACUUCACCAGCGAAUGUAUCGAAACCCCGAUAUUGAACCUUGCAAAGAGGGUCAAUCACUGGACGUGGGACCCUAACGAAGAGCGUAAACGGCAGGAGAGGUGGCAGCAGGAGCAGGAGCGCCUGCUACAGGAGAAGUAUCAGCAGGAACAGGAGCGCCUGAAGCAGGAGUGGGAGAAAGCUCAAAAGGAAGUUGAAGAAGAGGAAAGGAAACACAACGAAGAGGAGAGACGGAUCUUAGAGGAAACGGUGACCCCGCUGACCCCGCACUCAUCCUCUGGUGUGAAAGAAUCUUCGCCCAUUUCCAAAACCCCUCGCGACACCAUUGUGUUGUCACUGGCCGACUGGGAGAGGAAACAGGAAAUGCUGGAGAGAGAGGCAAAGAUGAACCAGAGGAAUGGUUUAGAGCACAGGUCUGAUGAAACAGAAGCGGUGUCACCGCCACAGCAGAUCACCCAGGCAGCAGACCUUCAGGAGAUUCAGUCAGCUACACCACAGUUGCAGUUCAUACAGGAUGGGUCUUCAAGCCGUAAAUCUGAGAGCAGGCAGGAGUGGAAAAAAACAGCCUCCCUGGACCGGAACGUGAGCCCUUCACAGAGCCAGCCUCCCAGGAUGAGGAGGUCUGGGUCGUACGAACACAUUUUAGGGAUACACACAUCUCCAUCAUCACAAGACACAUCACCAUCAUCUUCAGACAGGUCAGUGAGUGCGAAGAAGCUGUGCUCCAGCUGUGCACAGCCACUGGGGAAAGGAGCAGCUAUGAUCAUCGACACUUUGGGACUUUACUUCCACAUCCAGUGUUUUAAGUGUGGAGUGUGUAAAGGGCUACUUGGUGACUCGAGCACAGGGACCGAUGUCCGGAUCCGGAAUGGUGUCCUCAACUGUCAUUCGUGCUACAUGAAAUCUCGUGCUGCUGGUCAACCCACUACUUUAUAAAGCCUUUAUUUGCAGCUGAAUUGAAGAGGAACUGGAACAUUUGCCAAGCCCUGCAGAAACCUGGGCCAUCUUCUUGAUGAACAUUUACACAUCAUUGUAUUUCAUAUCAUCUCAAACAAAACAAACAAAAAAAAGCACAAAUCACCUUUUGAUAACAGAUUCACCUGGGACGUCGUGGGGUAUUUGGAUAUUUUUGUGUAAAGCUUCACGUUUGUUUGGGGAAAAAAUAUUUCUUCUAAUGGCAAUAAUACGAAUCACCACAUGCAUGAGCAUGCACUGCGGUUAACAAACCAUUGCUAGCUUGAUGUAAAAAAAAAAAAGCAGAACUUGGGUAGAUUUAAAUUUAGCGAUUAAAAACACUGAUCUGUUAAAUCCCGUUAUCUAAGCGUGUGAUGUGAUUGAGACGUCAGCUAAGAGGGCGUGGCUGUGGCAUCAUUCUAUCAGCGUUUAUUUUGCACUUUAGACUUUGUAAUCUACAAACCACUUUUUUCAGCCACUGAUGACAAACAUUCAGGAAGGAACAUUAAAAUGAGUGUAACAAGAUGUGGUUAUUUAAACCUGCAUCUGUUUUGCUUGGAAGUGAUAUAAAGGCUUCCUAUCAGACCUCAAGUGCACUAUUUAGUCACUUUUCUAGUGCACUAAUGGAAAGUAGGAAAUGGUGUAGGAUGCCUCUUGAAAUGUUUACGUCUGAGUCCCAAAUGAACUAUUAAGCCUGUCAAAGAUAUGAACACUUUGAAAGCAAAUUGUCAUUUGGGGUUAAUUUGACUGUAUGUGUAUGAGAGAGAUUGUGUGAGCUUAUUUUGCGCUAUAUGUCCAUAAUUGAAGGAACCAUAUGCUGCAUUUUUCUGCAAUGACUAAAAAAUUUAUAUAUCUCCUUAUAGAUACAUAAAGCACUACAAAAGGUGUAGAAGCCUAUAAACCUUAUGUAGUGCACUUAUACAGAUACUGAAAACUAUUUGGAUUUCAGCCAGAGACUGAACAGUUUAAAAGAUGUUUUUUUUUUGUUUUGUUUGAGGUUUUAACUUAAUUGUGGUGUUGAACUGUUGUUGUUUUUUUUUUUUUUUUUUUUGAGUAUUUCCUCUUUAUUUUGCUAUUUAUAUUCUCUUUUAUCAUCUCGUUUUUUUGCCUGUUUUGUAAUGCAUGAUGUUUGCUGUCUUAUAAAUACGCUUAUUUUCAUCUGGUUUGUUUUGGUCUCUCCAUUUUAUUGUUUUUUUUUCCUUUUUUUUUCGCCAUAAUUUGCUGAAGAAAGAAUUAGAUUCAAGUCGUUACAGUUUUGAAGAAUUCAUUCUGUUUUUCCAGACAGCUGCUGAAUCAUAUCUAUUUCCAUGCUGUGCCUUAAAUCUAACUGUACAACCUUUGGUGUGAGGUUGUGUGGUCAUGUGUCUGUGUAUGCAACAUCCAAAGCUUCAUACAGCUAUUUCAGUUAUAUUUUGCGAAGAACAGUCAUAUAGUGCGCUAUAUACCUUGCAAAAAAGUUGUAUUUUGUGUGCAUUAAUCUUCUAUAUGGUGAAAAUAAAUAAUAAAAAAAUAACCCUUAAGGUAUUGGCGUCCAACUACACAUAAAGGUUUCUAAUAGUAUGUUUACUUAGCAAGGUUUAAUUCAUCAGUCCAGUCUUGGACUUUUGAAACCUACAUUUUUACUUGACAGUUGGACAAAUCACCCACUUUAUUAAAGCUUCUUGUUUUUGUUGACCGUUAAAAAAAACCCAGAAGCCAGUAUAAUGUCAUGAUGAAUGUUAAGCUAGUUAGUUUUUCAAGGGAAUGAAUGAUCAUUACAGAUAAAAGGAACUUCAUCCUCCUUUAACAACAUUUCUAUUAUAACACUUUGGAAACACUGACGUACAUGUUUAUGGUUUUUGAGACAUGCAUCUUCUUAUAUUUGCAACUAACGAGGUCAUGUAACAGUAUGUAGAUUUACUUUAACCAAACAAAUAUAUAUGUGUACAGAUGUUAACAUUUAUUUUCAUAGAAAAAUCCUCCCUUAGCAUGAAGAACAGCUUUACACACUCUCUGCAUCCACACAAUUUGUUUCUCUAACCAUUCAGAUGAAAUACUUUGCCAUACCUCUGGUACAACUUGCCAAAGAUGAUCUUGACUAUUUGGUUAUUUUUCUUUCUGAUCCUGUGAUCCAGUUCAUCCCAGAGCAGAUCAAUAGGAUUUAGGUGUGGUGACUGGGCAGGAUAUUUUCAUGAUGGAUAGAUAACACUCCAGCCAACUGUUUACUUUCUAAAGAAUGCUUACAGAGCACGGACGUACGCUUCGGCUCGUUGCCUUGUCGUAUGGCGAACUUGGUUGAAAUUAGUCGCAGUUCAGACAUAAUUGUAUGGUGUUGAAGUAUGGAAUGGUUGCCAUGUUGGUUUCUUUUACUUGGAAAAAGUCUCCAAUUUUCUCUGCUCCAAAACAACCGCAAACCAUUAAGCUUUUACCUUCAUGUUCGACUGUGGUGGUGAGGCAGUCUGAUCACAUAUUCACUCCUGUUCUCCAUAUUACUGUACACAAGAACUGCGAAUGUGCGAAUGCAUGCGUCUCAAAAACCAUAUAAGACUAGGUGUUCCCAAACUUUUGACAGCCGCUGUAGCACAUCAAGUUUACACCCUCAAAAAAACUGUUUGUUUUUAAGUAAAAAUAUACAUUCUCUCUGAAAUUCUCCUCAGUGUUUUCACAUACAUGCGUAUUCCUGAUUCCAGAAAGAUCAUAUUUUAUCUUUGCACGUUUGUUAAUCCGAUGUGUAUAGUGAAGCAGGAGAUGGGAUUCAGCACCAUUUGCACGCAUUAUAAUUAAUUGAAUUAACCUGCCACAGCGUGUUGUGUUGAAACAUAGCUACGUACCAAAUGGACAACUUUUGUUUUGUGAACAUCUCAACUGCAAAUUGAAAUGUAUUUGCUUUGUCUCGGGGACCUGGGCUCCUGAUUGAUUAACAUGUACAAAUUAUAGCACUCAGGCUUCACUUGCACUGCAAGCCUUCAGGUCUGUAAAAUCAAGACGUGUCCCAAACACUUGAUACUGAUAGUCGAGUUUUUACCAGAAUCCAGGAACACAAUGAAGAGUAAGUUUUAGUUAUUACAGUGGUUAAAGAGAUCCUGAUGGAAAAAUAUAUAGCUAACUUGAAAUUAUUUGGAUAAUCAUAAGCAACCUAAGUGUGUGCAUUUUAUAAAAGCUUUUGAGAAGUUUCUAGUAAGAACCCUGACUAGAGAGACAUUCUUGCAUUUGGGACACGUGCUUUGUCCACAUCUGUAAUGUCUGCCAUUUUAUGUGCUUUGCUAAUCUUUAAUUAUGAUAUAACAGUUGGUUCGUAGCAGGAUCAUGUAGCUGAUAUGAUUUUAUUACUCAGAGAGGAAUUGAGUUGUUUGGGGCCUGUGCUGAACCUCUGUAUUUAUUUCAUCAUCUUAGGAAACCUAACAAACCCGACGAACCCUCCAUACACAGUGGGUUUUAUAGCAAGUGUAUGUUUAUAUAAAUAAACUAUUUUAAAUGUA